GGGGACAGGACACUGAGUGACACCAUCACUCAGGAAGCAACGUCACACAGCGACUCAGAGGUGGUGUCUCUUCGUUCCUCUGGAGGUUUGAAGGUUCGAUCUUCAUCCUCUUCAGUUCAGUCUUUACUUCAGUCGUACAGCACCUCUCUGAGGAAGCCCAGAGGCCUCGGACGCAGCCUGAGCUCCUACCUGAACCACGCCACCAGACUGGAGAUCGUCCACGAAGAUGUGAAAAUGAGCUCGGAUGGAGAAAGCGAUCCAGCUUCUUCUUCUGAUGAUGUUCAGAGUCCAGUUAAAGUCAGAAUGAGGAAUAAGAAGAUCUCUACUGAGGACAUCAACAAACGUCUGUCGUUACCGGCUGACAUCCGUCUUCCAGACGAUUACCUGGAGAAGUUUAAUGUGAUUGGUCCAGCUCUGUUCGAGCAGCCAAUCAGCAGGCGGCUGCGUAGAGUGUCUCUGUCAGAGAUUGGUUUUGGGAAGCUGGAGACUUACAUCAAGCUGGACAAACUGGGAGAGGGGACCUAUGCCACAGUCUAUAAAGGUCGGAGUAAACUGACUGAAAAUCUCGUGGCUCUGAAGGAAAUUCGACUGGAACAUGAAGAAGGAGCUCCGUGCACUGCAAUCAGAGAAGUGUCUCUGUUGAAGGAUUUGAAACACGCCAACAUCGUCACGCUUCAUGACAUCAUCCACACGCAGAAAUCCCUCACACUGGUGUUUGAGUACCUGGACAAGGAUCUGAAGCAGUAUCUGGACGACUGUGGAAAUGUCAUUCAUGUUCACAAUGUCAAACUGGCAGUUAUGUCAUGCUUUAAUGACACGUGUGUGUUUGUUUCAGGUUUGGCUCGAGCGAAGUCGAUCCCAACAAAGACGUACUCCAACGAGGUGGUGACGCUGUGGUACCGACCACCUGACAUCCUGCUGGGCAGCACCGACUACUCCACUCACAUCGACAUGUGUGGCCUCCACAGAGCCUUCCUCUUUACUUUUAGUUUAAGUCACCAGAUCUGCAGCUGCACACAGACGUGCAUUAAUCUUAAAGGCUCACUGCACCAGAUAACGAAGUUUGUUUUUGUGUUCAGGCUCAGCACUGAUGGAGUGGAGCUGUUGUCCGAAUUCCUACAGUUUGAGGGGAAGAAGAGGAUCUCUGCAGACGAGUCGAUGAACCACUCUUACUUCAGUAACCUUGGAAAGAGAGUGAAGUUACUUCCUGACACGACGUCCAUCUUCACCCUGCCAGAGAUUCAGCUUGAAAAGGAAACGAUGAGACCAACAGCAGCAGCGCCGGAUCCAGCAAACAGUCCAAACAGGAGGCGGAGUAUGCUUUUCUGACAUGGUGGAGAGGCGGAGUCUGCUGCUGGACAAACAAAGGGAAACUGACAGGACAGGAAGUGACGACGAUGAUGAUGAUGCUUUUUUCCUAGAGGAUUUACUGCAAGUUACUUUACUGACUAACAGCAAGUGCAACAGAGUAGAAGAAAACAGAAGUUACUAUUAUUUAUGAUGAGAAGAUGAAGCCUGUUGUUUACACAGAGAGGAAAUUAUGAUUCGCUGCAGCUACCCGACCAAUCAGAGCACAGAUUAUUGUGACUAAAGGAAACAGGCUUCAGAGCUUCACCUUGGUACAUCUCGGAGAUGAACGGGUGAAUAGUAGUAAAAGCUUCUCCAGGAGGUUCUGUCUUCCAUUUUCACUGCACAGAUUAAACGCAUAAAUAUCAAGUUGGUGAAAGUCCUGGAAAACCUGGAAUUCAGCUCUGCUGUCAUGGAAACGCCUGGAAACAGCCGUAUACGUCAUAUCACCCGUGUGAACAUCUGCGGCAGCAAAGUCAGCGUUAAACUGAAGCCACGAUCCAGUCCCAGCGUGCUGAACUGUACCUGCUUUAAACUUUAAUAACACCUGAUGAAACACAAUAAAAAUUCAGUUUGUUAAACACAAAAAACAAAUUCAAAAAUUUUGACUCCAAACUUUUCCCUAAAUUGCAGCUUUGAUUUAUUCAAAUAUUUUUUUAACGUGCUACCGACCACGAGAUGAAACCGUCAGAGUAACAUCGACCCUGCAGCGAGAGGAAAGCAGGCGCGGUUUUCACAUUAAAGGCUGAAGACGAAUGUUCUCUGUUUUAAACCCGCAGCUCUUCAGCCGUCUCCUUAUCGGUGUCGAGCUGCCGAUUGUGUUUCGGUUUACAGUGUUACAUUUUACACUUCAGUGUUACUAUUAAACAGCCUGCAGGAGAAGCCAAACACAACAUCUGUGGAAAUUUAAACCUUUGCUUUUAUUUUGAAAGUGUGAACCUGAUUUCUGCUGUUCUGCAUGUGUGUGUCGUACACUCGAACUUUAUACUGUAAUACUGUUAAUAUAU